AUGGCAUCUUCUUCCAACGUUAGCGGUAAUUUAGUGGACGAACUGGAAGAGGCGUUUCAGUCGUGUAUUCACGCGUUAACUAAGGAAGAAUCGGCUACCGGUAUCGAUAAGGAUGAAAUCAAAGUGGAGGUUGAUCAAACGACUCUUAAGUUCAUCGACCUCGCACGCCAGAUGGAAGCAUUCUUUCUGCAAAAACGCUUCCUUCUAUCGGCCCUCAAACCUGAUUUGCUGCUGAAAGAGGAAAACUUUGACCUGAAACAAGAAAUAGGCCGCAAAGACGAACUGAUUCGGAAGCACUACGAAAAGAUAGAAUCUUGGAAACAGCUGCUCUCGGACCAGCAGAAUUUCAAUAAGCCGAUUCAGUCCAUGCCUCCCGAUAUGCGAGGCAACCUGGCGGGCGGCGCACCGGGAGCUCCGGCUGGACUAAUGGCUGGCGGUGGAAUGAAUAUGGCUAUGCAGGUACCGCAGAUGCAAAACCAGCAUCAGCAGCAACAAAUGCAACACAUGCAAGUGCAGCAACAACAGAUGCAACAACAAAUGCAACAAUCGAUUCCAAUGGGUGCGGCUAACGCGCAACUCUUCCAGCAGGGCGGUAUUCCCCGCGGUGUAGGGCAAACGGGAUCCGGUCCAGGAUUUCCGCAAGGUGCCGGCCCGAACCUCCAGGGACCGUUAGCGUACCUGGAAAAAACAGCCAGCAAUAUAGAUCUAGUGGGUAUGGGAGACGGUCGAAGGUGA